AUGUAUAACAGCUUAAUAAAUAGUGUUUAUUGUGAACCAACUACUUCAGGUUCUAUUACUACUACUACUACACAUCCUGGUACUUGUAAUGUAGAUGGCAAAAUUUAUCAAGAAGGGGAAAUCAUUGGUACUACUAGGCCGAGCACAGAUGGAUGCAGAUACCUUAGAUGCUAUGAUGGAGAAGCUUCAGAAGUUUUUGAAGAUUGCUACCAACCUGAUUUUGAUUAUUGUAUACCCAUAUGGUCUGGUAAACAGUGUUGUCCAUAUUAUGAUUGUUCCAAACCUAAUUCUAAUUUGAGAUGUAGACUCAUAGUUAAGUCGUCAUCUUCAUCAUCAGGUCUUGAAUUAGUGUUACAACUGUCGAUCUUCUUAGAAUUUCGAAAAUCCUUAAGCAUGUUCUUAGAAAAAUAUUUUGUUAAUUCAAAUUGA